AUGGGGCUGCCACUAGCUCGCCUGGUGGCUGUGUGCCUAGUCCUGGCCUUAGCCAGGGCCUCGGAGCUCCAAAGAGAAGCCAGAACCCGAAACCAUGUCUGCAGCACCUGGGGCGACUUCCACUACAAAACCUUUGACGGUGAUGUCUUUCGAUUCCCCGGCCUCUGUGAUUACAACUUUGCUUCUGACUGUCGAGACUCCUACAAGGAAUUUGCUGUGCACCUGAAGCGGGGCUUGGACCAGGCUGGGGGUCACCCCCGGAUAGAGUCCAUCCUAAUUACCAUUAAGGACGACACCAUCUACCUCACCCACAAGCUGGCAGUGGUGAAUGGGGCCAUGGUCAGCACCCCGCACUACAGCUCCGGGCUCCUCAUUGAGAAGAAUGAUGCCUACACCAAGAUCUACUCCCGUGCUGGCCUCUCCCUCAUGUGGAACCGGGAAGAUGCACUCAUGCUAGAGCUGGACAGCCGGUUCCAGAACCACACCUGUGGCCUCUGUGGGGACUUCAAUGGCAUGCAAACCUAUAAUGAGUUCCUCAGUGAAGGCAUACAAUACAGUGCCAUUGAGUUUGGGAACAUGCAGAAGAUCAACAAGCCUGAGGUUGAAUGUGAGGACCCCUCGGUGGUGCAAGAGCCAGAGUCCUGCUCUGAGCAUCGAGCUGAGUGUGAGAGGCUGCUGACCUCCACAGCCUUCGAGGACUGCCAGGCCCGGGUGCCCGUGGAGUUGUAUGUGCGCGCCUGCAUGCAGGACCGCUGCCAGUGUCCUCAGGGUGGUGCCUGCGAGUGCAGCACCCUUGCUGAGUUCUCCCGCCAGUGCUCCCACGCAGGUGGCCGACCUGAGAACUGGAGGACUGCCUCACUCUGCCCCAAGAAGUGCCCUGGUAACAUGGUGUACUUGGAGAGCAGCUCUCCCUGCGUGGAUACCUGCUCACAUCUGGAGGUCAGCAGCUUGUGUGAGGAACACUACAUGGAUGGCUGUUUCUGCCCAGAAGGCACUGUAUAUGAUGACAUCACGGGCAGUGGCUGUGUCCCUGUGAGCCAGUGCCACUGUAAGCUGCAUGGGCACCUCUAUAUGCCAGGCCAGGAGAUAACCAAUGACUGUGAGCAGUGUGUCUGCAAUGCUGGUCGCUGGGUGUGUGAAGACCUGCCUUGCCCUGAGACCUGUGCCCUGGAAGGUGGCUCCCACAUCACCACCUUUGAUGGAAAAAAGUUUACCUUUCACGGGGACUGCUACUAUGUCCUGACCAAGGGCAGCCACAAUGACUCCUAUGCCCUCCUGGGUGAGCUGGCCCCCUGCGGCUCUACAGACAAGCAGACCUGCCUGAAGACUGUCGUGCUGCUGACUGACAACAAGAAGAACGUGGUGGCCUUCAAAUCAGGUGGCAGCGUGUUACUCAAUGAGCUGGAGGUGACCCUGCCCCAUGUGGCAGCGAGCUUCUCCAUCUUCCAACCCUCCUCCUACCACAUUGUUGUGAACACGGUGUUUGGGCUGCGGCUACAGGUUCAGCUGGUCCCAGUCAUGCAGCUUUUUGUGACUCUGGACCAGGCUGCCCAGGGACAGGUGCAGGGUCUCUGUGGGAACUUCAACGGCCUGGAAAGUGAUGACUUCAUGACGUCUGGUGGGCUGGUGGAGGCCACGGGUGCCGGCUUCGCCAACACCUGGAAGGCCCAGUCAAGCUGCCAUGACAAGCUAGACUGGCUAGACGACCCCUGUUCCCUCAACAUUGAGAGCGCCAAUUAUGCUGAGCACUGGUGUUCCCUGCUGAAGAGGUCGGAGACGCCUUUUGCCAGGUGCCAUUCGGCUGUGGAUCCCACUGAAUACUACAAGAGGUGCAAAUACGACACGUGCAACUGUCAGAACAACGAGGACUGCAUGUGUGCGGCUCUGUCUUCCUAUGCCCGUGCCUGUGCUGCCAAGGGUGUCAUGCUGUGGGGCUGGCGCGAGCGCGUCUGCAACAAAGAUGUGCAUGCUUGCCCCAGCUCACAGAUCUUCCUGUACAACCUGACCACUUGCCAGCAGACCUGCCGCUCGCUCUCAGAGGGUGACACCCACUGCCUCAAGGGAUUUGCGCCUGUGGAAGGCUGUGGCUGCCCUGACCAUACCUUCAUGGAUGAGAAGGGCCGCUGCGUGCCCUUGGCUAAGUGUUCCUGCUACCACCAUGGUCUUUACCUGGAGGCAGGAGAUGUGAUCCUGAGGCAAGAGGAGCGCUGCAUUUGCCGGAACGGGAGGCUGCAAUGCACCCAGGUCAAACUGAUUGGCCACAGCUGUGAGGCCCCCAAAAUCCUUGUGGAUUGCAACAACGUGACUGCUCUGGCCACCCGGAAACCCCGCCCCACCAGCUGCCAGACACUGGUGGCUGGUUAUUACCAUACAGAGUGCAUCAGUGGCUGUGUGUGUCCCGAUGGGCUGCUGGAUGAUGGCCGUGGUGGCUGUGUGAAGGAGGAGAAGUGUCCUUGCAUCCAUAACAAAGACCUAUACAAUCCUGGGGCUAGCAUCAAACUGGACUGUAACAACACCUGUACUUGCCAGAAGGGACGCUGGGAGUGUACCCGGUAUGCAUGCCACAGCACCUGCUCUAUCUAUGGCAGCGGCCACUACAUCACCUUCGAUGGAAAGCACUAUGACUUUGAUGGACACUGCUCCUAUGUGGCUGUCCAGGACUACUGUGGCCAGAACUCUACCGGCUCCUUCAGCAUUAUCACGGAGAACGUCCCCUGCGGCACCACAGGUGUUACCUGCUCCAAGGCCAUAAAGAUCUUUAUAGGGGGAACAGAGCUGAAGUUGGUGGAUAAACAUCGCGUCAUAAAGCAGUUGGAGGAGGGGCACCAUGUGCCCUUCAUCACACGGGAAGUGGGCCUGUACCUGGUGGUGGAGGCCAGCUCUGGCAUUAUCGUUAUCUGGGACAAGAGGACCACCAUCUUCAUCAAACUGGCCCCUUCUUACAAGGGCACUGUAUGUGGUCUGUGUGGGAACUUUGAUGACCAGACCAAAAAUGACUUCACCACUCGGGACCACAUGGUUGUGACCAGUGAGCUGGACUUUGGGAAUAGUUGGAAGGAAGCUUCCACGUGCCCAGAUGUGACCCACACUCCAGACCCCUGCAGCCUGAACCCACAUCGUCGCUCCUGGGCAGAGAAGCAGUGUAGCAUUAUCAAGAGUGGUGUAUUCAAAGGGUGUCACAGCAAGGUGGACCCCACGGUCUUCUAUGAGGCCUGUGUGCAUGACUCCUGCUCCUGUGACACGGGAGGUGACUGUGAGUGUUUCUGCUCUGCUGUGGCCUCCUACGCUCAGGAGUGCACCAAGGCAGAGGCCUGUGUGUUCUGGAGGACGCCGGACCUGUGCCCCGUAUUCUGUGAUUACUACAACCCCCCAGAUGAGUGUGAAUGGCACUACGAACCAUGUGGGAACCGCACCUUUGAGACCUGUAGGACCAUCAAUGGCAUCCACUCCAACAUCUCUGUGUCCUACCUGGAGGGUUGCUACCCUCGGUGCCCUAAGGACAGGCCCAUCUAUGACGAGGAUCUGAAGAGAUGUGUGACUGAGGACAAGUGUGGCUGCUAUAUUGAGGACACUCGCUACCUGCCCAAUGCAUCUGUUCCCACUGAGGAGAUCUGCAAGUCUUGUAUAUGCACCAACACCUCAGAAAUCAUCUGCCGUCCCGAUGAAGGGAAGAUUCUUAACCAGACCCAGGAUGGUAUCUUCUGCUACAUGGAGUUCUGCGGCUCCAAUGGGACAGUGGAGAAACACUUCAAUAUUUGUGCCUCCUCUACGGCACCUCCAUCCACCCUGACAAGCUUCACCACAAUCUCCACCCCUUCUCCCAUCUCCACCACCACCACCACUACCACCAUCACUGCCACUACUGUCACUGCCACCGCCAUAGGAGGACAUUGCUGCUACUGGUCUGACUGGAUCAACAACAACCGUCCUAGCGAUAGCAGUGAUGGUGGUGAUCGAGAGACCUUCGACAGCAUCUGUAGUGCUCCCGAGGACAUUGAGUGCAGGGCAGCCACAGAGCCCAAACUCAGCUGGGAGGAGCUGGGCCAGAAGGUACAGUGUAAUGUCUCAGUUGGGUUCGUUUGCCAUAAUGAAGACCAGUAUGGAAACGGAGACGGAGUAUUUGGACGUUGUUAUGACUAUGAGAUACGAGUCAACUGUUGCUAUCCAAGGGAGUACUGUACUACUCCAACCACUUCACCUACAACUUCACCAACAACUCUAUCUACCUCUUCCCCAACCACCUUACCUACAACUUCCCCACUGACUUCAUCUAUUACUUCACCAACAUCCUCACCUAUUACUUCAACAGUUUCACCAAGUACCUCAACUUCCAUGUCACCAACAAGCUUGCCGACCACUACAUCAAUCAUUUCACCAACCACUUCCCCGACCACUACACCAACCAUCUCAUCUACCACUACACUGAUGACUUCAUUUACCACUUCACAACCAUCUUCAUCAACCACCUCUCCUAGCAGUUCACCAACCCCCUCUGUAACAACUUCACCAACCACUUCACCAGGAACCUCAACUACCACAUCACCAAGCACCAUUUCAUCAGCCUUGCCUACCACAUCCACCACUACACAAGAGACCACUACAUGCAUUGAAGAUUAAUGUACAACAACCACACAAACUUCAACCACCACUACAGUGACUUCUAUCCCAACAUCUACCAGCACAGUGACUCCACACACACCUUCAACCACCACACAGACCUCAACUGCAACAACUACCACACAGACUACAACACCAACACCCCACACAAGCACCUCAAUUCCAACAUCUACUACCACACAGACCACAACACCAACACCCCACACAAGUACCUCAAUUCCAACAUCUACUACCACACAGACCACAACACCAACACCCCACACAAGUACCUCAACUGCAACAUCUACUACCACACAGACCACAACACCAACACCCCUAACAAGCACCUCCACCUCAACAUCUACCACCGCAGAGACACCUAGUCCAACCCCCUCUCCUUCAGUGACUCCAACCCCAACACCUACCACCACAGAGACCUCACCCUCAACAUCUACCACCACCAAGACCACAACACCAACACCCUCCCCAAGCAGCUCCACCUCAACAUCUACUACCACACAGACACCAAUCACAACCCCCACCACCACAGUGACUCCAACACCAACUGCUACCACCACAGAGACCUCAACAUCUACCACUACACAGACCACAACACCAACACCCUCCCCGGGCACCUCCACCUCAACAUCUAUCACCACACAGACACCUAGUCCAAAGCCAACUACUACAGUGACUCCAACCCCAACACCUACCCCCACAGAGACCUCAACUUCCACAUCUACUAUCACAGAGACCACAACACCAACACCCUCCCCAAGCAGCUCCACCUCAACAUCUAUCACCACACAGACACCUAGUCCAACCUCAAGUACUACAGUGACUCCAACUCCAAAACCUUCUACCACAGAGAUCUCAACCUCAACAUCUACUACCACGCAGACCCCAAUCACAACACCCACCACCACAGUGAUUCCAACACCAACUGCUACCACCACAGAGACCUCAACUUCAACAUCCCACACAAGCACCUCCACCCAAACAUCUACCACCAUACAGACCACAACACCACCACCCUCCCCGAGCACCUCCACCUCAACAUCUACUACCACACAGACACCAAUCACAACCCCAAGUACCACAGUGACUCCAACUCCAACACCUUCUACCACAGAGACCUCACCCUCAACAUCUACCACCACCCAGACCACAAUACCAACACCCUCCCCAAGCACCUCCACCUCAACAUCUACUACCACACAGACACCUAGUCCAACCCCAACUACUACAGUGACUCCAACCCCAACACCUACCCCCACAGAGACCUCAACUUCCACAUCUACUAUCACAGAGACCACAACACCAACACCCUCCCCAAGCACCUCUACCUCAACAUCUUCUACCACACAGUCACCAAUCACAACCCCCACUACCACAGUGACUCCAACACCAACUGCUACCACCACAGAGACCUCAACUUCCACAUCUACUACCACAGAGACCACAACACCAACACCCUCCCCAAGCACCUCCACCUCAACAUCUAUCACCACACAGACACCAAGUCCAACCCCAAGUACCACAGUGACUCCAACUCCAACACCUUCCACCACAGAGACCUCACCCUCAGCAUCUACCACCACCCAGACCACAACACCAACACCCUCCCCAAGCACCUCCACCUCAACAUCUACUACCACUCAGACACCUAGUCCAACCCCCUCUACUACAGUGACUUCAACUCCAACCACCACAGAGAUCUCAACUUCCACAUCUACUAUCACAGAGACCACAACACCAACACCCUCCCCAAGCAGCUCCACCUCAACAUCUAUCACCACACAGACACCAAUCACAACUCCUACCACCACAGUGACUCCAAAUGCAACAACUACCACCACAGAGACCUCAACCUCAACAUCCACCACCACACAGACACCAAGUCCAACUCCAAGUACCACAGUGACUUCAACAUCAACAUCUACCACCACAGAGACCACAACACCAAUACCCUCCCCAAGCACCUCCACCUCAACAUCUAUCACCACACAGACACCUAGUCCAACCCCCUCUACUACUGUGACUCCAACCCCAACACCUACCACCACAGAGACCUCAACUUCCACAACUACUAUCACAGAGACCACAACACCAACACCCUCCCCAAGCAGCUCCACCUCAACAUCUACUACCACACAGACACCAAUCACAACCCCCCCCACCACAGUGACUCCAACACCAACUGCUACCACCACAGAGACCUCAACAUCUACCACUACACAGACCACAACACCAACACCCUCCCCAAGCAGCUCCACCUCAACAUCUACUACCACACAGACACCAAUCACAACUCCCACUACCACAGUGACUCCAACACCAACUGCUACCACCACAGAGACCUCAACAUCUACCACUACACAGACCACAACACCACCACCCUCCACAAGCACCUCCACCUCAACAUCUACCACCACAGAGACCACAACACCAACACCCUCCCCAAGCACCUCCACCUCAACAUCUACUACCACACAGACACCUAGUCCAACCCCCUCUACUACAGUGACUCCAACCCCAACACCUACCACCACAGAGACCUCAACUUCCACAUCUACUAUUACAGAGACCACAACACCAACACCCUCCCCAAGCACCUCCACCUCAACAUCUAUCACCACACAGACACCAAUCACAACUCCCACCACCACAGUGACUCCAACUGCAACAACUACCACCACAGAGACCUCAACCUCAACAUCCACCACCACACAGACACCAAGUCCAACUCCAAGUACCACAGUGACUUCAACAUCAACAUCUACCACCACCCAAACCACAACACCAACACCCUCCCCAAGCACCUCCACCUCAACAUCUACUACCACACAAACACCUAGUCCAACCCCCUCUCCUACAGUGACUCCAACCCCAACACCUACCAACACAGAGACCUCAACUUCCACAUCUACUAUCACAGAGACAACACCACCAACACCCUCCCCAAGCACCUCCACCUCAACAUCUACUACCACACAGACACCAAGUCCAACUCCAAGUACCACAGUGACUUCAAUGGCAACACCUACCACCACAGAGACCAUAACACCAACACCCUCCCCAAGCAGCUCCACCUCUACAUCUACUACCACACAGACACCAAUUACAACCCCCACUACCACAGUGACUCCAACACCAACUGCUACCACCACAGAGACCUCAACAUCUACCACUACACAGACCACAACACCAACACCCUCCCCAAGCACCUCUACCUCAACAUCUACUACCACACAGACACCUAGUCCAACCCCCUCUACUACUGUGACUCCAACCCCAACACCUACCACCACAGAGACCUCAACUUCCACAUCUACUACCACACAAACACCUAGUCCAACCCCAAGUACCUCAAUGACUCCACCUCCAACACCUUCCACCACAGAGACCUCACCCUCAACAUCUACCACCACCCAGACCACAACACCAACACUCUCCCCAAGCACCUCCACCUCAACAUCUACUACCACACAGACACCAAUCACAACUCCCACUACCACAGUGACUCCAACACCAACUGCUACCACCACAGAGACCUCAACAUCUACCACUACACAGACCACAACACCAACACCCUUCACAAGCACCUCCACCUCAACAUCUACUACCACACAGACACCUAGUCCAACCCCAAGUACUACAGUGACUCCAACCCCAACACCUACCACCACAGAGACCUCAACUUCCACAUCUACUAUCACAGAGACCACAACACCAACACCCUCCCCAAGUACCUCCACCUCAACAUCUAUCACCACACAGACACCAAGUCCAACUCCAAGUACCACAGUGACUCCAACUCCAACACCUUCCACCACAGAGACCUCACCCUCAACAUCUACCACCACCCAGACCACAACACCAACACCCUCCACAAGCACCUCCACCUCAACAUCUACUACCACACAGACACCUAGUCCAACCCCAAGUACUACAGUUACUCCAACUCCAACCACCACAGAGACCUCAACUUCCACAUCUACUAUCACAGAGACCACAACACCAACACCCUUCCCAAGUAGCUCCACCUCAACAUCUAUCACCACACAGACACCAAUCAUAACUCCCACCACCACAGUGACUCCAACUGCAACAACUACCACCACAGAGACCUCAACCUCAACAUCCACCACCACACAGACACCAAGUCCAGCUCCAAGUACCACAGUGACUUCAACAUCAACAGCUACCACCACAGAGACCUCAACUUCCACAUCUACUACCACACAAACACCUAGUCCAACCCCAAGUACCUCAAUGACUCCAACUCCAACACCUUCCACCACAGAGACCUCACCCUCAACAUCUACCACCAACCAGACCACAACACCAACACUCUCCCCAAGCACUUCCACCUCAACAUCUACUACCACACAGACACCAAUCACAACUCCCACUACCACAGUGACUCCAACACCAACUGCUACCACCACAGAGACCUCAACAUCUACCACUACACAGACCACAACACCAACACCCUCCACAAGCACCUCCACCUCAACAUCUACUACCACACAGACACCUAGUCCAACCCCAAGUACUACAGUGACUCCAACCCCAACACCUACCACCACAGAGACCUCAAUUUCCACAUCUACUAUCACAGAGACCACAACACCAACACCCUCCCCAAGCACCUCCACCUCAACAUCUAUCACCACACAGACACCAAGUCCAACUCCAAGUACCACAGUGACUCCAACUCCAACACCUUCCACCACAGAGACCUCACCCUCAACAUCUACCACCACCCAGACCACAACACCAACACCCUCCCCAAGCACCUCCACCUCAACAUCUACUACCACACAGACACCUAGUCCAACCCCAAGUACUACAGUUACUCCAACUCCAACCACCACAGAGACCUCAACUUCCACGUCUACUAUCACAGAGACCACAACACCAACACCCUUCCCAAGCAGCUCCACCUCAACAUCUAUCACCACACAGACACCAAUCACAACUCCCACCACCACAGUGACUCCAACUGCAACAACUACCACCACAGAGACUUCAACCUCAACAUCCACCACCACACAGACACCAAGUCCAACUCCAAGUACCACAGUGACUUCAACAUCAACACCUUCCACCACAGAGACCUCAACUUCCACAACUACUAUCACAGAGACCACAACACCAACACCCUCCCCAAGCAGCUCCACCUCAACAUCUACUACCACACAGACACCAAUCACAACUCCCACUACCACAGUGACUCCAACACCAACUGCUACCACCACAGAGACCUCAACAUCUACUACCACACAGACACCUAGUCCCACCCCAAGUACUACAGUUACUUCAACUCCAACACCUUCCACCAUUGAGAUCUCAACCUCAACAUCUACCACCACAGAGACCACAACACCAACACCCUCCCCAAGCAUCUCCACCUCAACAUCUACUACCACACAGACACCAAUCACAACCCCCAUUACCACAGUGACUCCAACACCAACUGCUACCACCACAGAGACCUUAACUUCAACACCCCACACAAGCACCUCCACUCAAACAUCUACUACCACACAGACCACAACACCAACACCCUCCCCAAGCACCUCUACCUCAACAUCUAUCACCACACAGACACCUAGUCCAACCCCCUCUACUGCAGUGUCUCCAACCCCAACACCUACCACCACAGAGACCUCAACUUCCACAUCUACUAUCACAGAGACUACAACACCAACACCCUCCCCAGGCACCUCCACCUCAACAUCUAUCACCACACAGACACCAAUCACAACCCCUACUACCACAGUGACUCCAACCCCAACAGCUACCACCACAGAGACCUCAACCUCGCCAUCUACCACCACCCAGAGCACAACACCAACACCCCCCCCAAGCACCUCCACCUCAACAUCUACUACCACACAGACACCAAGCCCAACCCCCACUACCACAGUGACUCCAACUCUAACUCCUACCACCACAACCAAAGAGAUCUCUACUUCUACAAACACAGUACCUACUACAGGACCAACUUCUUCCAAACCUCCAACCAAGCCAUGGACGCCUGUGACCACUGUGUCCACUUCUCCCCCACUCUCGGAGUCCACUACCCUUCAAAGCACCCCUGUAACUACCAUAGCAACAUCUAGCACAGCAUCGUCACCUGGAACAACAUCACUGUUCAUCACUUCAUCAGUGGGCAGCACACCCUCUUCACCUCCAGGAUCAACACCAGGACCUACCACAACUCUUGGUGUGUCUACCUCCUCAAAGACCACAACAGUGCCAACUUCAACCACCACCAGACCACCUUCCACGUCCACUCCUACACCCUCCACUGUGCCAGUGUCCACCAUGGAAACCGUCACCCAGACAAGGCUCUCAUCAACCACACCAACUACUUUGGAGACCACCAGGACCACCUCUUGGGGGACAGUCUCAGUCUCCCCAAUCACCUCUCCCAGCACCAGCUGGACCAACACUGCCACUGUGGUUAUUUGCUGUGUUUUGAAUGGAACAUUCUAUGGCCCAGGUGAACUGGUCUACAACAAUACCCUUGGGGACACUUGUUAUUAUGUGAACUGCUCUUUGGAUUGCAAAGUCCAGUUCUUCAAUUGGUCCUGUCCAGCUACUCCCUCGACUUCUACACCCUCAACACCAACAUCCCCUCUGACGACCACACCUUCCACACCAUCUACCACAUCUUCCAAGUCGACACCCUCUACGCCAACAUCCACAUCAUCCAAGUCAACAACCGGCACUCCAACCACAACUUCCAUCUUUGAGUGCCAAGACUUUGAUCCUCCUAGACAGGUGAAUGAGACCUGGUGGCUGUGUAACUGUACCAUGGCCAUUUGCAAGCAUGACAACGUGGUAGAGAUUGUGGAAAAGGAGUGCAACCCCCCACCCAUGCCCACCUGUUCCAACGGCCUCAAGCCUGUGCGUGUCACUGAUCCUGACGGCUGCUGCUGGCACUGGGAGUGUGACUGCUACUGUACCGGCUGGGGAGACCCACACUUUGUCACCUUUGAUGGGCUCUACUACAGUUACCAGGGUAACUGUACCUACGUGCUGGUGGAGGAGAUUAUCUCCAAGGUGGACAACUUUGGGGUCUACAUUGACAACUACCAUUGUGAUGUCAAUGACCAAGUGUCCUGCCCCCGCACACUAAUUGUGCGCCAUGAGACCCAGGAAGUGCAAAUCAAGACUGUGCACAUGAUGCCCAUUGAGGUGCAGGUGCAAGUGAACAAGCAGGUAGUGGCUCUGCCCUACAAGAAGUAUGGGCUGCAGGUAUACGAAUCUGGCAUCAACUUUAUGGUGGACAUCCCCGAGCUGGGUGCCCAGAUCUCCUACAACGGUCUGUCUUUCUCCAUCCGGCUGCCCUACCGCAUGUUUGGCAACAACACAAAGGGCCAGUGUGGUACCUGUACCAACAAUACUGCCGAUGACUGUAUCCUACCCAGCGGGGAGAUCAUCUCCGACUGUGAAGUUGCGGCUGACCAGUGGUUGGUGAUUGACCCCUCCAAGCCACACUGUCCUCACAAUGACUUCACCACCAAGCGCCCAGCCAUCACGACACCAGGGCUCUUGCCCAAGAACUGCACUGCGUCUCCUAUCUGCCAGCUCAUCAAGGACAGCCUGUUUUCCGAGUGCCACCCCUUCGUGCCUCCCAAGCACUACUAUGAAGCCUGCCUGUUUGAUAGCUGCUUUGUGCCUGGCUCUGGUAUGGAGUGUGCCAGUGUACAGGCCUAUGCAGCCCUCUGUGCCAAGGAAGGUGCCUGCAUUGACUGGCGGAACCAUACCCAGGGGGCCUGCUCUGUGGAGUGUCCAUCUCACAGGGCGUACCAGGCCUGUGGUCCUGCAGAAGAACCCACUUGCCAGUCCAGUGCCUCCCAGAAUUCCACACUCUUGGUGGAAGGCUGCUUCUGUCCUGAAGGCACCACCAAGUUUGCCCCUGGCUAUGACGUCUGUGUGAAGACUUGUGGCUGUGUGGGACCCGACUAUGUCCCCAGAGAGUUUGGAGAACACUUUGAGUUUGACUGCAAGGACUGUGUUUGCCUAGAGGGUGGAAGUGGCAUUGUCUGCCAGGCCAAGAAAUGUGCUGGGGAGACCCAGACCACAUGCGAGGAGGAUGGCACCUACCUUGUCGAGGAGGUCAACCCAGAUGACAAGUGCUGCAACAUUACUUCAUGCAAAUGUGACACCAAAUUGUGCAAAGCAGAACGCCCCUCAUGCUUGCUGGGAUUCGAAGCGAAGAGCCAGCAUGUGCCUGGAAAAUGCUGUCCAGUUUACUCCUGUGAACCCAAGGGUGUGUGUGUGCACCAGAACGCUGAAUACCAGCCUGGAUCUCCAGUGCAUUCCACCAAGUGCCAGGACUGUGUAUGCACCGACACCAUGGACAAUGACACUCAGGUCAACAUCAUCUCCUGUACUCAUGUGCCCUGCAACAACUCCUGCAGCUCCGGCUUUGAACUUGUGGAGGUCCCUGGGGAGUGCUGCAGGAAGUGCCAGCAGACCCACUGCAUCAUCGAGGGGCCCAACCAGCAGUACCUCAUCCUGAAGCCUGGGGACAUAGAGAAAAACCCCAAUGACAAGUGCACCUUCUUCAGCUGCAUAAAAAUCAACAAUCAGCUUAUCUCCUCUGUCUCCAACAUCACCUGCCCGGACUUCAACCCCAGUGAUUGUGUUCCGGGCUCCAUCACGUACAUGCCUAAUGGCUGCUGUCAGACAUGCAUCCCUAAAAACCAUACCGCAGCCCCUUGCUCUGUUACCCCUGUCAUGAAGGAGAUUUCCCACAAUGGCUGCACCAAGAAUGUCUCCAUGAACUACUGUUCCGGCUCCUGCGGGACCUUUGCCAUGUACUCUGCCCAGUUCCAGGAUCUGGAUCACAAAUGUUCUUGCUGCAAGGAAGAAAGGACCAGCCAGCGCCAGGUGACCCUGGAAUGUCCAGACGGCAGUGAGCUGAGCCAUACCUACACACACAUUGAGAGCUGUCUGUGCCAGGACACUGUCUGUGGGCUCCCACAGACCCAGCGAGUCCGGCGUUCCAGUCCCCGAUUUCUGGGAAGGAAGUGAAUGGGUUCUACUGUACACAUCCCUUCCCAUCCUGUACCAUCCUGCUGACUCUCUGAGCUUCCUGCACUUCAGCUUGGCUUCUUCUCUGCAGAUAUUUAUUUUCAGAGUUUCUGUUCCAUUCUUUGCUUUCUAAUAAUAAACUCAGGCAUAGCCAC